GCACGAUCGACAGAUAUUGGACCUCCUUCCUUUCACUCACCCACUCCCUCAAUUUUCUUCUUCUUCUGUUUCUUCUCUCUCUCUCUCUCUCUCUCUCUUGCGGCCAGGUUGACACAGUCCACACACGAUGGCCUCCUCCAACAACGCCGGUGGCAGGCCCAGCAAGCCCAUGUCGUCCGUCAAGAGGACCUACCUCGUCGCCUACAACGCCCUCUCCGCCGCGCUGUGGUCCGUCGUCCUCGUGACCACGGCACAGACUCUUGCAUCCACGGGGCCCAAGGCGGUCUACCCUGCCGUCGGCGAAUGGACAAAGUGGACGCAGACCCUCGCCGGUCUUGAGGUCGUGCACUCGGUACUUGGCAUCGUCCGCGCCCCCCUCGUCACGACCCUGAUGCAAGUAGCCUCCCGCUUCGCCCUCGUCUGGGGCGCCGUCCACUCCUACCCGACAAUCGCCACCUCCCCGGCCUACAGCUCCAUGCUCCUCGCCUGGUCCACCACCGAAGUCAUCCGCUACGCCUUCUUCGCCCUCUCGCUGUCGGGCCUGGCCGAACCCCCGUUGCUGCAGUGGCUCCGCUACAGCGGCUUCUACGUGCUCUACCCCGUCGGCAUCUCGAGCGAGCUGUGGGAGCUGUUCCUCGCCUUUGGCAUCGCGCGCGCCGAGCGCGAUGUGCCCACGUGGGUCGUCAUUGCUGUGAUCAUGGCGACGUACUUGCCUGGCGCCCCGAAGCUGUAUGGGCAUAUGAUGAGGCAGAGGAGAAAGGAGCUGGAGCUUUCAUACGGAGCGUCAUGAGUUCAGUGGGUAGCCAUAUGGGAAUAGAUUUCUUGUCC